AGUCGUGUCCUCUCUGCGUUCACUGGGGUUAGUCAGGCUCACACAGACGCAGCUUAAGCCAUUAGUGAAACCAUGCAAGAAGAAAGAAUUCCCUCUUCCUGUUUGUGUUGGAAAGCAGAUCGAGGCUUACUCUGCUGCCGCUGGGUUCAGACAGCAGGCAAAUGGAUCUGAUUAUAAAACCCAUAUUUCAUCUUCAUGUGAAACUAAAGAGGACAGUGUAGUAAAAUAAGACCCUUUAAUUGGACUGUUUCUUCUCUCUGUGCAGGAGAAGAAAUGGAGGAUUUCUACUAUGAAGACGAUGACGACUCCCACUCAAAUGACACUUACGACUACAACUACGAACACACUGUUUGUGACAAGGAGGCGGUGCGCUCGUUCGCCAGCGUGUUCCUCCCGGUCAUCUACGCCCUGGCUCUGGUGGUGGGCCUGGCUGGGAAUGCCCUGGUCGUGGUGGUUUACACGUCAAAGCUGCGACUGCGCACCCUGACAGAUGUGUGCAUCCUCAACCUGGCCAUCUCAGACUUGCUGCUCCUCUUCACGCUGCCUUUCUGGGCGGCAGACGCCGUGCACGGGUGGAGGUUGGGCGUGGCAGCCUGCAAGCUCACGUCCUUCCUUUACAGUACCAACUUCAGCUGUGGCAUGCUGAUGCUGGCGUGCAUUAGUGUGGAUCGCUACCGUGCUGUAUCCUGCAAUCCCACAGGCAGGAGUGGGCCCCGGGUCCGGAGACAGUGGCUCCUGGUGUGCGUGAUGUUGUGGGUUACAGCCAGCUUCCUUGGCCUUCCUGAGCUCAUCUUCUCCACGGUGAAGCACUCCCAUCACCGGAUAGCCUGCACGGCCAAGUAUCCGCACAGCAUGGCCCGGCCUGCUAAAGCCGCCCUGGAGCUGAUGGAGGUGAUUCUGAGAUUCCUGCUCCCUUUCUUGGUCAUGGUGGUGUGCUACUGCUGGGUGGGGCGGGCGCUGAGCCGUGCAGCCGGGGUGCGGAGAGAGAGAAAAUGGCGUGCUCUGCGAGUCCUGCUGGCGGUGGUGGCGGUGUUCCUGAUCACCCAGCUGCCCUACAACGUGGUGAAGCUGUGCCGAGCCAUGGACAUCAUCUACAUGCUGGUGACGGACUGCGAGGUCAGCAAGGGUCUGGACCGGGCCGUGCAGGUGACGGAGAGCCUGGCGCUGGCCCACGCCUGCAUCAACCCUCUCCUCUACGCUUUCAUCGGGUCCUCCUUCAGGGGACACGUCCUGAAAGUGGCAAAACACCUUGGACAGCGACUGGGGAGACACCCGAGACACGUGGCGGAGCCGGCGGUGGAGAUCGCUCUCAACACGUGCACGCAAGCGCAAUCAAAGUCCGGUUCAGAGGACCAGGACACCAGCACCUUCACCAUUUAAGACUCAAAACAUGCAUCUGUUUCCUCUACUAACGUGUACGUCUCUGUAUAUAUAUUUACACACGGUUAUUAUUAUAAUAAUAAGGGACCAACUACAAUACAUGUAGAGUGAGUUUAUAUGCACUAAAUGAAGCAAAGCAUUUUGUAUAAAUUAUGUAUUUUGUUAAAUAAAAGACACAUUUUCUGUGA